UGUGACUCAAUAUUGUCUAUGCGUUGCGUUGAAUGCAAUAAUUGAUUGGUUUUUGAAAUCAUAUUGAAUUGGAUUUGAUAUAAAUUAUGGAGAAAUCAUUUGAUGAACAAAACCUAUUGGAGAGGAAAGUGACACAAUUGGAGACCAGAUUCGCACAAUUGGAUCAAUUAGACCACGACAGCCAACACAACACACAGUUUGACGCAAUCCCCGAAUUAAGUGAUCUUCGGGUGGAGAACACGAAACUUAAGUAUAGGAUAUCUACGGGAAUGACUAGUAUUUUGCAUUCAGUGAAGCAAUUGUUUGGGACGGCUAUCCGCGAGGCCUACCCGAUGCUGACGAACGCACCGCUGCUGGUGACCAAAUCAGAUCACGCGGACUACCAGUGCAACAGUGCCUUACCGUUGAGUAAAUACUUGAGUGCAGAGAAACGACUGCCGCCUCGCGAUGUGGCCAACACUCUGAUCGCUCACUUGCCGCCCAACCCUCUGAUCGGCGAUGUGGUGGUCGCCCCCCAGGGCUUCAUUAACAUCACUCUCAACAAGGAAUUUGUCUCGAAUUCCAUCCUAAAUGUGGUGACAACUGGUGUUCACGUGAAGCCAUUGAGUGAUAAACAGGCCAACAAUCGUGUGGUGAUUGACUACUCGGCCCCUAAUAUAGCCAAAGAGAUGCACGUCGGACACCUCCGCUCCACUAUCAUCGGUGACGCCAUCGCCCGACUCAUGGAGUUCGUGGGAAUGGAUGUGUUGCGAGUGAACCACGUGGGCGAUUGGGGCACUCAGUUCGGGAUGCUUUUGGCGCAUCUCAUUGAGAAAUACCCGGAUUAUAAGACGAAUACCCCUCCCAUUGCAGACCUGCAGGCCUUCUAUAAGGAGUCGAAGAAGCGUUUCGACGACGAGCCCGACUUCAAGGCGCGCGCCUAUAAUACGACGGUUAGACUGCAGGCAAAAGAGGCCGAAAUGAUCACUGCGUGGAAACAAAUCUGCGAAAUAUCCCGAAAGGAGUUCCGAGAAGUGUAUAACUUGUUGGGCGUUAGUCAGCAUCUCAUAGAAAGGGGUGAAUCCUUUUACCACGAAUUGAUGGUCGAAGUCGUCAAAGACUUGGAACAGAAGAAGCUAUUGAUCGAAGACGAAGGACGGAAAGUGAUGUUCUCGACCGACCCCUCGGCGCCUCCCCUCACAAUCGUUAAGUCCGACGGCGGCUACACUUACGACACGUCGGAUAUGGCGACACUUCGACAGCGUAUUCAUGACGAAAAGGCCGGACGUAUCAUAUAUGUCGUGGAUGGGGGUCAGAGUCAACACUUCCAACUGAUCUUUAAUUGUGGAACUCUUGCCGGUUAUUACGAUCCCAAUACAGUUCGUGUCGAGCACUUGGGCUUUGGUGUCGUUCUCGGUGAAGACAAAAAGAAAUUCAAGACCCGUUCGGGUGAUACCAUACGGUUGAGGGAAUUGAUUCGUGAGGGGUUCGAGCGAUCUUUGGCCAAACUCAUAGAGAAAGGAAGGGAUAAGGAGUUGACUCCCGAAGAGUUAAAAGCAGCUCAAGAGGCGGUUGCCAUCGGAUGUAUUAAAUACGCGGAUCUGAGUCACGACCGAAAUCACGAAUACGUGUUUAGUUUCGACCGUAUGUUAGACGACAGGGGAAAUACAGCCGUAUAUCUGUUGUACGCACUGACGAGGAUCCGGUCCAUCAUCCGUAAUGCCAACCUCUCACAAGACAUCACAGAAAUGGCUAAAAAGGAGUCUAAACUGGAUUUGAGUCACGCGAGGGAAUACAAGUUAGCCAAACAGAUACUACGGUUCGCGGAAGUGAUUCUUCAGAUCGCGGACGACCUCUAUUUACAUACGCUUUGCUCGUAUUUAUUUGAAUUAUCGGUCGUUUUCAGCGAAUUCUACGAUCAGUGCUAUUGUAUUGAGAAAGUGAUGGAGAAAGGGGUCCAGAAAGUGAAGGUUAACAUCAAUCGGAUUAUUCUGUGCGAAGCGACCGCCCGUGUCAUCGAAACCGGACUUUCAUUACUCGGAAUUAAAUCGGUUAACAAAAUGUGAAAUUAU